AUGACUUCACAGAGCGCGGAGACCGAUUAUUCUUUCGCUGCCUUUCCCCCUCCAGACAAGUAUCGAUUCACGCACAGCCACUGGGUACCGCAGACAAUGAGGCCUUCCGGCCCCAGUCACCGUGAGAAUAUUCUUGGGGAGAUCAAGCAAGAAUAUGAACAUUUGAGUCAAACAAAUAAGACCUUGACGGACACCCUACAACAGCUGCGCCAGGAAAACAACCAACUUUUUCAAAUAAUGCAGCUGCAGGACAAAUACCUUCAAGCAGCUCAGCAACGCAUAGAGGAGCUCAAGCAAGAGGCCGAUCAAUCGAAGAACAUUGCGGUCUGGAUGCAGAACUGGGAAGGUCGUUUGACAGCAUGCGAACAACAUAUCCCCAUGUUUCCACAACCAUUCAGCGAAAACAUCCAACCCACGCUAGGAUCUAGCGCCGGUGUUCACGCAGAACAGCAAAGGCAUGUCCCCCGUCUUAGGCGAUCGGGUCGGUCAACGAGCUGGAAGGUGGAACAUCCGCAAAGUCAGCAACCGCCAAAACAAGUCCAGCAACUAUCAAUGGAGAAAAUGCCACAGACGGCGCCCUAUCAACAUGGCCGACGGGAUUGA